AUGAAGGAAGAACUCGAGAGUGGUGACUUGCGCGUCCAUGAUGAUGGCAAACCCGAGACUGCCCCAGGCUCCCAAACAGAACGUACUCCUACAGAAUCAGAUUGCGAGGAAGUUCAGGAGCUCACGAUCCCAAUAACUCGUUUUUGGGGCUUGUGCGUUGGUGUUCUUCUAGGCCUCUUCCUUUCCAUGAUAGACACAUCCAUCGUCGCCACAAGCUUACACAGUAUCGGAGUUGAAUUCGAGGUCCUUGAAGACGUCAACUGGGUCGCCCUUGCCUACACUCUUGCUUAUCUGGGAUGUGCCAUUGUCUUUGCACGCAUCUCUGACGUUGUCGGACGUCGUGAUGCCUUCAUCGCAGCCUAUGUCAUAUUUUUCAUCUUCUCUCUUGCAUGUGGUUUUGCACAGAGCCUGAACCAGCUUAUUGCAUUUCGAGCUCUGCAAGGUAUCGGUGGCUCAGGAUUAUACUCCCUCACGAUGAUCAUGCUGCCCGAGAUCAGCCCGGAAAGCAUCAAGCCACACAUGGGGGCACUGGUUGGUCUUGUCAUAACCGUAUCGGGUGUUCUCGGCCCUGUUCUGGGCGGUAUCUUGACACACUACUCUUCUUGGAGAUGGGUUUUUUGGAUCAAUGGUCCUGUUGGAUUUGUCUCUCUUCUCAUUUUCGUCCUUACUUGGCCUAAAGCUGAAUAUCUCCCAAAGCUACAACGACGUGCUUGGAAAGAAGUAGACUUCCUGGGUUCAUUCCUUGCCAUUGCCGCAGCUGUCCUGGUCGUAUUCUCAUUCCAAAACGCUGGUACAUCGAGGUCCAACGAAGGAUGGAAAAACGCCGCUUUUAUUGCACCCCUGUUAUGCGGGCUGUUCGCCUGCGGUCUGCUUGUCUCUUGGCAGAUAUUUAUUCAGCAUCGAUGGCACGAACGCUUCGCACCCGCCUUCCCAAUCAACAUCUUCCGGAAUCGUAUCUACGCUACAGCUGUCGUCAAUACCCUUCUCACCGGGUUCCCUUAUCUACUACUCAUCUAUGCAAUCCCUCUGCGGUUUCAGGUUGUCAGCGGGAAGUCAGCUCUUAUCGCAGGCGUUAUGCUACUUCCCAUGUUGGGAACGUCCGCAAUCGGCAGUGUGAUAGCUGGGAAGAUCAAUGCUACAAAGAACUUUACCUUUGAGUCGUUGUUAUUCGGCUCGUGCUUCAUGACGCUCGGUUGUGGAUUGCUCUCUUCGCUGUCAGAUGAGUCUGGGGAUGCUAAGCUGCUUGGUUAUAUGUCGUUUUGCGGCCUUGGUUUUGGACUGACUGUCGCGUCGUCAACCAUGUUGUCGAUGGUUGAGGUACCUAUUCGAGACUAUGCCCCUGCACAAGGCAUCCUAUCACAGGUGCGACUUUUAGGAGGUAGUCUGGGUAUUGCAGCUUCAUCGGCUCUGCUCAAUGAGAAGAGCACAAACUACCUUACAGGCGUUCUAACCCCCUACGAACAAGCAACAGUUGGCAGUUCCAGCACUCGCCUGUCAAAUACACAGUGGUCAGCUGUUCGUCAUACGUACGCCGAUGCUUUCAAGGUCGAGAUGAAGAUAGCAACUGCUGUUGCAGCUUGUUCCAUCAUUUCUGCAUUUGGCGCCUUUCGCAAGCAGCGUCUUUUGAUAGCCGAGCAACGGGCUGUGGUAGUGGCACAGGAGACUGCUCGUUGCCGUGCACAAAAUGAGCAGGCUUUAUAG